UUCGCUUUAUUUUGAUUUUGCUCACUGCGCUGUCACACAACUGACAUAACCUCAAUCGCAGCCAUACAAAAUGUAAACAAUGCCCGCCGUAGAAGGAAGGAGACGUAGAAAAAGCGUCCCAGCAUAACGGUGUGUGUGCGUGCGUGUGUGUCAACAUUUCAGGCUUACAUAUAUGGGAUAUGCAGCUUUGACUGCAGUGAUAGAAGAAUGAUGAUCCAUUGAGGACGAGCUUGAAAAUAAGCAGCAAACAUUAAGCUUGAGGAUGCUCAGAAAAUCUACGUUAUGGAAUGAGCAGCGCUGGCAAUGAUAAGGUAGUACGUGUGAAGCGAACCCAACCAUGAGCAGCGAACGGAUGCGGGGCAGCUACGGGUCUUCCGCUAAGCAGCAGCUAAACCACGAAGCUACCACCGAGCACGAUGCGGUCAACAAUCGGUUCAUCGCGAAACGGGAGCCGGAAGUGGCGUACUGCCUGUCGUGCCGGGCCCAGUUCAGUGAAUCGCUACCGAACGACAUCAUACAGCAUUACAUGAACCGCAAGCACGAACCGUGCUGCCGUUGUCUGUACUGCAACGGACCAAUGUAUCGUUACCGUGAUAGCAAGGACGCCGUACGGUACUAUCACGAUUGCCACCGUUCCAAGCGCUUUCUGGACGCUUCGUAGCGAGUCGAAAGGACAGGCGACGUAAAAUACUACCAACUGAUGCGAAAAGUACAGGCGCUACAUCGAGUUGUAUUUAUUUAUUCAUAAUGACAAAAAAAAACGCGUAUCAAAAGGUGUACGAAAAAAUGCAUCAUCCAUGUAUACUGGGUGGUAACAAUCUUAAA